GCUUCUAAAGACCUGAGCACAACAGCAUUCUGCUCCCUCCUCCUUCCUGCCCCAUCGCCACUGCGUCCACUAGAAGUUUACAUCCAUUGGCUUUUGGGAAGCAGUUGCUGCUGCAGCAGCUUAAAGGGAAGACAUGGUCCUCCUUCCCUUUCAUGCUGCCCGAAGAAGAGCUCUGUGAUGCUCAAGAGUUCCAUCCCCUUUCAGCCGCAGGAACUAGUUCAAGAACAGGCAACUCUUUGGCAACUUCACAUCUCGUUCGCCGGGAAGAAGUGCGCACCCUUCCUCGGAUGGGUUCUCGUGUCCCUCUCUCGCGUGGGUCAUCAGAUGCCUGUUGCUAUCUUUGGCAUUAAAGCAGGAGGCGGAAAUAACUUGUUCUCUUAAAGUUGUAUAUUUGUCCUUUCACUUCUUUCCUUUUCAUUCCUGUUCUUUUGGAUGAAAGGAGAGGAAAGCAACUUCCACUUUGCAAUUCAACUUGUCCUUUUCAGAGUCUCUCUCUGUCUCUUUCUCCUCCCCCCUCCCUGCCCUUUGUUGGGAGACAAUGGAGUUUUUAAAGUGGAGUCCAAGUUGGAUGUUCCUCCUUCUCUGGGUGCAUGCAUUGGAAGGGGACGGCUUCCUCAUCCAAAAUGUCCGUCUGGCAAAGUGCAUCCAUGCCACCUCCCACGAAGUUGAAAAGAUCAGCCUGGCCGACUGCAAGCCAGAGUCCCCACAGUACCAGUGGGCUUGGGACGCGGCCACCCGGGCCAUCGUCAACCAGAAAACUGGGCGGUGCCUGACGGUCUCCGCACCGCAAGAAUUUGCACCGGCUCAGCUGGAGGCCUGUGGAGACCAAGUGGGGCAGACCUGGGUGUGCAGCAAGAAGGGCCACCUCACGUUGCAAGGUCUGGGGCUGCACCUCAGCACCAAGCCUGAAGGGCACAAGGCCUUCCUGUCCCUGGAGAAGAACAAGUUCAGCAGGUGGAAGACAGAGACGGAGGAAAUUGUCUGUGCUGUAGAUGCGGCAGUGGCUCCUGGACCCAGCGGCCCGCUGGAGGAAUCCAUAGGCACCCUGGAGUGGGCCCGCCAAAGUAAAACUGUGGCUUCAACAGAAAUUCACACCCUCUCUGUGGCCUCUGCAACCACAUUUCCAGCCAACGUUCUGGAAAAUGAACCUAACCUCACCAGCACUCUUCCAGAGAAUGGAGAUGUACGUUUGAAAGUAGAUCAAGAAAGGCAUACUCAUCAUAAAAAGCACCAGAGGAAGGCUGCGGGUUCCCGACAUCCAGGUACCAGCUGGAAAACAGUCAUGCUUGUCCUGUGCCCGCUGGCGUUCAUACUGGGCGUGAUCAUACUCAUGCUCAACAUCCAUUACAACAGGAAGAAGAAGAUGCUGUCCGCUUUGAAGAGACGCCAGGUGCGCCAGGAACAGCAGCUGCCCUUACCUGGGACAGCCAGCCACAGUGCCAAGACGCCGAUUAUCCCAGCGUCCCCAUCUCCUUCGCUGAAGCACGGUGAGAUCUUGAUCGAAUGGAAGGAUGGAACCAUCACCCCGCUCUUCGACAGCACGAACGAUCAGAUGUGCUAAACGUCUGUUGCUUUCAAGCCCCCCCCUUUUUUUAUUGCACUCUUGAGUAUACGGCACUUCUGCAGAGCCUUCUUCGUUAGAAUAACAGCCUUGAUAAGGAAACCAGGAGGCAUUUGUUUUAUAAUCACAUUUAUAUUGCACCAUUUCAGUGGCAUACACAGAAUCUGAAUGUGUCUAAGAUAUACAAAUGGAUGCCCAGAUUUUGUCAGUGCCUUGGCAAUAGCCUGCACCAAGUAAUUAAAGUCUAGGUUCGUGCUUGCCAUUCUGAAAUGGCAUAGUCCUCACGUGGGGACUGUACCAGCUCAGUGGGGGAUACGUCUGCCUGGAAUCAACUCCAUAUUUGGCAAAAAGUGAAUUUGUACGCCAUUUGGCACAUUGACAAUCUUCACCUGGGGGGUAAUGUGAGGUAGCACCACCCACUGAGAUGGUACAGUGCUCCACUAGCGCCGUAGCACUAUGAAUUGGCUGUAGAAUGAACCACCAGGUGCCUUAAUGGGGCUUAAUACCUGGAGCCAUAGUUCAGGUCCUUGGGUUUAUCUCACUACAGGGUUUGUAAUCUACCGAGACAAAAAAGUGGGACACUCAUAUGUUAUUCAUCUGUGGGCCUGAACGCUGAGAUUAACAAUGGAGAACCAGCUUUUUGUGCAUGGUCACCUGGGGUUAAUCUUUACUCACCCCAAGCGAGUGGCUUACCUACAACCCCGAGCUGAAAAGCAGCAAAGGACCACUGGAAUACUAUAUGGCUACCCAUCUAACUUUUCACUCUGCUAACACAGCCCUUUUUGGGAAGCUAACAGUUGCUAUAAUCAUGAAUGCGACCUACUACUUAACCUCACCAAGAACCGCUUGGCGGUGUUUUGUACGAUGCAGGAACAUGGCUCCUUGCCUGGG